UUUUUGACUAUUUUUGUUUAAUAUAAAAGUUUAUUUAGCUAAAGUUUCAGUAGUUUAAUUUCUUCUUACAAAUUCUAACAGGAAAAAGAAAAGUUGUAUGUGAAAUAUUUGUGCGUUAAUUUAAAAGCGUUUUGUUUUUAAAUUGUUAGAAAUUGACAAUGAUAUGUUUUUAUUUCUUAGUUCUAAAUUAUUUUAUAGUAUUAUGUCAAUCCACAGUAGAAAUGAAUGUCAGUAUAUCCAAUUGUACAGUCAAUGUUGACGAUGAUGAUUAUUACUAUGCAAACACUGAUUUGCUGCAAACAGAAGCAAACAAAGUACGAACGACUAUUUAUUAUGUACCUUACAUGGUGAGAUUGUUAAAAAAGAGGAAAACUACAUGUUCUGGCUCAAUCAUAAAUGCGUCGUGGAUCUUAACUGCAGCCCAUUGCUUGCCACAUUCAAGAAAGCUUGACAGUAUUGAGAUAAUGGCUGGUGUUGAUGAUGUGGAAGAUUACAGGAAAGCACAAUUUGCUAUGGCAAAGCGAGUAAUACAACAUCCUAACUACAUCCCUUCAAAAAUUUCUAAGUACGACUUGGGGCUCAUUGAGUUGGUGGAACCACUCAACUUAAGCUCAACCGUGCAAGUUUUGCCUCUUACAAAUAAUUCUUGGCCGAGUACCGAACGUUUGUAUUCGCAACCUUGUUUAGCUGCUGGAUGGGGAACAGACAAAAUUGUGCCUGGCGGUGUAAGAAAACUGAGAACGUUGAACGUUCUGGCAAAACAUGGUGAUGAAGCAUGCAGUUGUUGGAGAUCGUUUCACAAUAGACGGUUAAUCUGCUUGGCAGAGCCUGGAAAAGGUAUCUGCCACGGUGAUACUGGAGGUCCACUUGUUUGUGAUGGUAAAGGUGUAGGAGUUGCACAUGCACUUUAUAGGCGUGAUACGUGCCAAAUGUUUCAUGUUGGUCCAACUCCAGUAACAUGCAAAGAUUCUACCAGCACUUACAUGUAUUUAUGCCCUGAACUUUCUUGGAUUAAGCAGUACGUGAGCAAUGUGCCUGAAACUCCAUUAACCUGCAAGGGCACACAAACCAUUUUCUAUUUAAAUGCCUUACUGACUGGAAUAAUUACUGUAUUUGUAAUAAACAAACCAUAUUAAUUCUAAUAUGAAAAUUUUUGUGGGCCUUUACUGAAUUUGAAACUCUUUACAGGUGUUAUUAUGAAGAAAAACAACUGUAUUUUUUCAUUAUAAAAUAUUGUAAAAGUUUGUGUUUUCAUUCCUUAGAGAAGAAGGAACAUAAAGAUAAUAAAGAUAAGAACAUAAGAA